CCUCCUUUCAGUCGCAGUUGGAGAGAGAGAGAGAGAGAGAGGGAGAGAAGUGAGGGACGUGUGUAUGUGUGUGUCAAGAGGAUUUCCAUUGAAAUGGAGUGCUUCAGUCUUUUGGUUAAUUUCAUGUUGGUAAGCUUUGCCUCUGCUGGGAUAGAUGGAAUACAUUGGACAUACACAGAAGGGGCCCUGGACCAGGUGCACUGGGCGGAGGAGUAUCCCGCGUGCGGCGGCCGGAGACAGUCCCCGAUCGACAUCCAACGGCGGAGCGUGCGUCACAACCCCCGCAUGCUGCAGCUCGAGCUCACUGGAUACGACGCUCAGAAGGGUAACUUCCUCAUGAAAAACAACGGACACUCAGUUGAAAUCGUCCUCCCUCCCAGCAUGGUGAUUACCAAGGGUCUCCCUGGGGGCUACACGGCCGUCCAGAUGCACCUCCACUGGGGCGGCUGGGACCUGGAGGAGAGCGGGGCAGAGCACACCCUGGAUGGCAUCAGAUACAUGGCAGAGCUCCAYGUUGUCCAUUAUAACUCUGAUAAGUACAAGAGCUUUCAAGAGGCCAGCGACAAGCCUGACGGUCUGGCAGUUCUAGCCUUCUUCUACGAGGACGGACAUUUUGAGAACACCUAUUACAGCGAUUUCAUCAGCAACCUGGGAAAGGUCAAGUACGCAGGGCAGUCCAUGAACAUAUCCACCCUCAACGUGCGUUCCAUGCUACCUGAGAACCUGAACCAUUUCUUCAGGUACCAGGGCUUCUCCACACCCUCCUGUUACGAGAGCAUCCUGUGGACCGUGUUUGACACACCCAUCACCCUCUCUCACAACCAGAUCAGAAAGUUGGAAAGUACUCUGAUGGACAUGGACAAUAAGACUUUGUGGAAUGAUUACCGCAUGGCCCAACCGCUCAACGAUCGCGUGGUCGAGUCCUCCUUCCUGCCUCGCCUGGGGAAAGGCACGUUCUGUCGCCAAGAUGAAAUCGAAUCAAAGCUUCUGAAGAUCGAGGGUCUGAUUACUUCUCUUGGAAAACACAUACAUUCAAGUGCAAUUGGGGAAGCAAGGCCUUCCAAACAAGAACCCAGAGUGAUGUCUCCCUGGUGCUCCACUUCCCAGAGAGGAACACAGAGAGCUAUGCCCGGCCCACCUGGCUCACUCCAUGGACCUGCACUCUUCACCGCCUGCAUGCACCUGAGAACGCGCCCUGGAGAGAUACACACUGUCCUGUCAUACUCCAGCCAGGGCACGAUCGAACGAAUGAUCACCAUGGGAUAUGAGGUGGGUCUGUGGAUCGGCAACGAGUUUGUCAACCUGCCCCACAACUUCCACUCCCGUGACUGGGUCAACUACUGUGUCACCUGGUCGUCCCACUCGGGGGGGGCUGAGCUGUGGAUCAACGGGCUGGUGGGGGAGGAGCAGUACCUCCGGAGGGGAUACACAGUCAGCCCAGCAGGGGUCUUCAUCCUGGGGAAGGACCAGGACGGCUUCCUGGGGAUCUCUGACACGGACGCCUUCUUAGGUCAGAUGACGGAUGUCAACGUGUGGGACUAUGUUUUGAACUCGGCUGAGAUCCGGGAACAGAUGUCCUGUGAGAACACCACCUCUCCCAGGGGCAACGUGCUUAGCUGGGGGGUCACUCCUAUGAGUCUUUAUGGGGGGGUGCAGCUGGAGACAGACUACAGGUGUCCCUGAGAGGAGGGGUCAGCUGGAGACAGACUACAGGUGUCCCUGAGAGGAGGGGUGGGGGGGUGCAGCUGGAGACAGACUACAGGUGUCCCUGAGGUGAGCGGACAGCUGAAGCACAGGGAAGCCUGGGUGGUGUUCAGUAGGGCACAACGUAACAAAACGUUUUGCAACGGGGGAAAAAAAUUCAUAAAUCAUAGUUCUUAUUG